AUGGCCGACUACAGCAUGUACCACUCGCUUGGUCAAGGCGAGCAGCUCGAUCCCAACGACCCGAACAGAACAAGUCAGCCCGCGCCACCUCAAUUUGCACCAAAUGUCGCCCAGCAGCAAUAUCAGCAACAAUUUGGAUCGCCUGCACCUCAGGCCCAGCAGCAAUACUAUGGUGCUCCUUCUCCGGCCAGCGCACCAGGAUACGGACCGCCUCAGGGUCAAGACCAAUACGCUGGACAGGCGGAUCUGACUUCUCAGAUGGCUGGUCUGGGCAUUGCGGACGCAGCGCAGCACGGGGCAAGGAAGAAGAAGAAGGACAGACAUGCUUUCCACAGUGUUGAAGCCCCCGCUGGCUCUUCGCAGCCAUUCAAUGGCAUACCGCCUGCUGGCACGUCGCAAACUGCAUUUCUCAAUGCCGAUCCGUCAGUUCAAGCAGGUGGCCAGUUCCUCGGACAGCCAGGCACUCCAAGCCAGUUCGGCAACCAAUUCCCAGCGCCCGCAAACCAGCCAUUCAACCCUGCGCUAGCCUCUCCCGCCGAAUUCGCUGCCAGGAAUGGAGCUGCUGACGCCGGUCCUCAGUCUGCAUUCGUGCCAGCAUCUGCCGCUGGUCAGGUAUCGCCUGACGAUAUCCCCAGUGUCCCGGUCUCGCGAGACGUCCCCCAGCAGUUCUACCUGAACAACACGUAUCCCACGUUCGAGCGUCACGUGCCGCCUCCCGCCGCGACAUCAUUUGUCUCCUACGAUCAGGGCAAUUCUGCACCACAAUUCACUAGGUUGACCAUGAACAAUAUCCCUGCGACGGCAGAAGGAUUGAAAAGCACUGGCCUGCCCAUGGGUCUACUUGUCCAGCCUUUGGCCAAGCUUCAACCGGGCGAACUUGAAGUCCCCGUGUUAGACUUUGGUGAUGUUGGCCCGCCAAGGUGCAGAAGAUGUAGAGCCUAG